AGGUGAUAGGGGUGGGACUUCUAACCCGUUAAGGCUGAGUACUACAUCUAAUUUUAUCGACAAAAAUAAUAAUAUGGGGUUGAACCCCUAAUUGAAAAUAUUGAAAAAUAGUGAUUUUUUCGGUAAAAAUAAUUCACAAAUGAUUUUUUUCUCACCAAAACAUUAUCAAACAUAUGAAAAAAGUAAUGAAUUAGUUAGCCAAGGUUAUUAGCUACCGUUUGUCGUUUUUUUUUUUUUUGUUUCUACGACGCAUACAACCUUUGAUAUCAAAAAAAGUACAAAAAUUAUAAAAAUAGCCAUAAUUUUUAGGGGGAGGGGAUUCGACCCCUUCGACCCCCGACUUUUGUCGAUAAAAUUAGAUGUAGUACUCAGCCUUAACGGGUUAGAAGUCUCAGCCCUAUCACAUUGUAUAUAUAAUGUAUGUAUCCGUGGAGUAUGUUUAUAUACAUACAUUUAUUUACAUGUUUAGGUAGCUGGCAGCUAGAUUGCGAGUACAUUUAUUAGAUAAGAAAGGAGAAUGGCAGAAUUCGUACAGCAUACUUUUUUGGUGUUCCCUGAUAAAAUUUGUACCACUUAUUGAGGGAACUAAACCAUUCAUUUUUUUGUAAAAAUAAUAUUUUUAGAAGCUGGGGUUUAGCAAAUAUAUCAAUUAAAAGAUUUUAGUAACGAAACGUAAUAUAAUGAAACGAAACGUAGAAGACAUGUUUAGUUAGUUGCCAUUAAUAAAAUAUCAGAAGGCUCGAAAUGAUAAAUCAAUAUUUUGAAAUAGAAAUAACAGUAAAUAUAAUUAACCAAUUACAGGUUAUACCUUAGAAUAUAUAAUUAAUGCAUAUAUAUGCAUAGAAUCUUUAUAUUUAUAGGAAUUAUUUUUGCCAUCAGUAUUUUUUUUUGUAAUGGCAAUUAUUUAUUGACAGCUUCGUAAAAUCCCUAAUCUUUCAAAGUCUGUCCAGUUUUUGCCGUUGUUUUGUUUUGGAUUGUAGUUAGUAACUUCAUCUAAACAAUUUAGCAAUUAUCUGGCCAUUUUUACGUUGAGUUGAGCAACUGCUUCUCCGUUCUCCAUCUGUUGAUACUACUUUCGCGAAAGGACGCUUUAAUAAUUGUGUUGUGUGUUACGUGUUUUAUUGAAAAUGACGAGUUUGCAAUGCAUCAAUUGCAAUGUUCGCUUGUCCCGAAGAAGAAGACACGCUUUAUCAAAUGACGGUGAAGAUAUCGUCAACACUAAUCGUCUGUGGACAUAUCUUAGAGAUCGUCAUCCUGACGAUAAAGCUUGUGUGCGGUGUUGGUUAAGAGUGAAAACUAAGGAUACUUCACCAAAUGAAGAUAUUCAACCCGUUGAACCUUAUCAGCAGGAAAGUGAUAAUUCUGAACUGAUGUGUGCUGCAUGUGGUCAAAGUCUUACUCCCGACAACACUGCUUGUUUGUUGGAGCACCAGCAGACACCUUCCAUUAAUGAAGUUUGUGAAGUUUGCUGGGGCCAAGUAUGCAAUUUGAACUUCUAUGUUCAAGAUGGUCUAUGUUGCUUCAAGCUAAAAUAAAGUCCUGCCACUCUUCUCCUGGAACUUAUUUUGUUUUCAUACUUGCAGAAACAAAUAUGAAUAGCCGGGACACAAUCAAAAGUGAUUGCUGUAAUUGUAUUGUAGGUUUAAGAACAGUGGGAUGCUGCUCACAUGUUAUGAGCAUUCUUUGGUAUUUGAGUUAUGCUUGCCAUGAGGGUAUCAGCCGACCUGCCCCUUUCUUGGAUGAAGUAAUAUUAAGAACCAAUCAAGUAAUUAUAAGAAAAUAAAGUAAAUGAAAUUCCUACAAAAACUAAGUUGUUUUAUUUACCUACACUGAAAAUUUCAUCAGCUCUUAAUCGUUAUCAAAC